AUGCUUCGCUCAGGAGCUGCCAGUGCAUCUAGCGGCGGUGGCCGUGGUCCAUCGUCGUCCUUGUCAAGCGUAAAACGGUCAAAACACGACGACACACGCCUUCCCGAGGCUUACCAACAGGAGAGGCCACCAUGGAGACCACCACUUCACCCGACCGCCGCCCGACGCCAUGUUCCCGAUCUCUUUCCUACCAAAUCCGGUCAACCCGAGGACGACAUGUCCCAAAUUUCUGUGCGCAAAGGUUUCGCUCCACGCACCUACGUCCACAACGAGUACUUUUGUGCACAUGACGCCAUCCAUACUCGCCUCCUAUCGCCUGAUGCUCUCGACACGCUCUCCGAUUGGAUGGACGAGGUCAUGCAGCGCCGCCGCGAACUCGACCGUGCCAGCAUCGCUACCAACCAGUACAAACCUCCCUCGCGUGUUACGCUCAAUGACGCUAAGCUCGCCAACUACGUCAAAGACCUCGCAGAUCCCACUGUGCCCCUCAUGCGUCUCUCCAGAAGUGUUCCACAUGGUUUUCGUGGCGAGAAGCUCUUUGAAAUGCUCUGGGUGGGAGGCGCUCUACCCUCCACUGCUACAGCUGCUACCACCACCGUCAACUACUUUCAUUCCCGAAUCGCUGGCCCCCCGUCCGCCUCUUCUGCUUCCGCUUCUGCUUCCGCUUCUGCUUCCACCUCUGCUCCAAGAAAAAGCGUCGACAUUCCACGUGCCGUCUGGUUCAUUCGUGCCUUGGGGGCUGCCGAACUCUCGUCGCUCCGCAACAAGUCAGCCGCUACCAUCAUCCCCGAGAUCACCUCAAAUUUGUGCGCAUGGAUGGCCAAGCAGGUUGCUGAACUCAACCUUGUUCAUACCGCCGAAUCAAACUCUACCGCCACUGCAUCUCCCGCCCCCGUUUCUCCCUCCACCCAUCUUCCUCGCACGCCAAGCGCUGCUCCAUCUUCGCUCUCACGCUCCGUAGCAGCUGCCCAUUUCGCUCGUACCCCUUCCAACCUCAAUCCAGCCUCCUCUCCGUCCUUAGCACCUGCAAAAGAGGUCUGCUAUGUCUUGCAGAAUGACGCCGACGAAGAGCGAUGGAUCGCAAAGUGGUCCUACAGUCUCUCGCUCGCUCGGCAUCUCCAUGCACAGAAUUUGCUCGACCGUUCCGUCUUGGUCCGAUGGAUCGUUGAUGCCUUUUCAGCCUCCAACCUGGUUCAGCUACCCUUUCUACUCGAGCUCGUCCAAGAAGUGCUCCUCCUCGUUCUUCGACGUCGAUGCUUUGUCAAGCCUUUUCUCACCGCACUGCUCGUUCAGAUCCCAAACGUAGAUGCACGUCUCGAUCCUUCAUCCAGCGGCGGUCUGAGAACCAAGCUCGUACUCCUCUUCCGCAUCGUCUGCGAAAACAGUCCCGAAUCUCUCAUCAGUCCACGUCUUUGGUUCGAGCAUUCAGCUAGUCUCACCCAGCUUUUGAACGAGCUCAACGCUGAAACUCCGUUACCUCUCUCCCACCAGGCCUUCGAAUUUGUCGAGCAGACGGUCAGGCCACGAGUUGACCGCCUUCUCUUGCGACCCCACAGUGGCAACACAACCCAGAACGCUAGUCUGGAAACGCAGGAAACGCUUUCAUCCCCGCUACAACACCAUCUCGACAUCCAAGCUCUUGAUUCGUUCGACAUGACCACCAUCGAUCGCGUUUUUCUCCAGAAUACAAGUGCCACCCACCGCUACGCCAAACACGACCGUGACGAUACAGUUUGGGCUACCAGGAUUGACACCAUUCUCACCUGGGCCUGCACCGAUCGUCGGUCCGGAGUCGUGCGUCAAUAUCUUGCAGCAACACUCAUCGAAAAGAUCCGCUUUGGCGUCCCGUGGGAAGAAUCGAGCGAAGAGACCGAUCAGGUGUCACUACCCGCCUUCGAUCUAGAGCACAAUACCACCAAGACGCGCAAGAUCAAUGUUGAGCCCAUGCUCAUCAAGUGGCUCGGUGAUGUCGAAACAUCUCUCAAUCAAAAGCUCGACGAGUCUUCGACCCAAACACGCGUUUCUCUCUUGGCAACUGUGGAUGUCGGUGCCAUCGUUGUCCUCCUUGGUGAGCUCGCUCGAAGAGGAGUCUUCUCCUACACGAAAUAUCUCCAGAGGUUGAUCGCCCGUGGAAUGACUGCUCCUUCAGCUUCGAGUGCCACAGAGCAGCACCAAAAUCCCGAUGGCAGCGUCCAGACGCCCUCGUCUGUUUCUGCAUCCCGCGACUCUUUGCAUCUGCGCCUCUUGCGCUCGUUGCCGCUAUACGAUCAACCCGCUUCAGUCUAUCAGCAACGAAGACAGGCUAUCUAUGGCGAUCGCACAAAGGAGACCUACGAGGACGCUGCGCAGCGUCGUGCCCUGCGCCAGCUCCAGUCCUUCCUCCCAUUCGCCUUUGCGCAAGAGGUGCAAGCUGAAGCCUCGCGCAUCGCCGUGUCCCCGUCCCCGUCCACACCAGAUCCGGUACAUGCCCUGUCACGCCUGUGGUCAGCCUCGCGCUUUGUGCGCUGCAGACUUUUCCGCAGCGAGUUGCUUCCAGCUGUCACGGCCCGCGUCGAACGUCUCAAUGGCGACCAGCUCUCGCAAAUUUCGGCAGUACUCGUCAUGGCUGAUGACUUUGAAGGUCUAGCUCAGCUUUUGGCGACCUUGCUGCUUCGUCCGCUCUCAGACAAUCUUGCACGAGCUGCCUUCAAUAUGGUCAUCGAAUACAGCCUUGUUUGGAGAUCCAUGGACAUUAUGGCCACGCUCAACCAGCUCGUUCGUCAGCAACUCAACCAUUCAAGUUCGAUUCGAAACGAUCGACAGGCCGUCAUGGCCUCCACUACACUGCUGCGCCUUCGUACUCUGAUUGAAAACGUACCGAGCCGCAUCAGCGCGUCAGCACUCGAUCCAGGCGCAGAUCACGACGCCUUGCAGCAGCACGUGCAAGCGCUAAGGCCCAACGUCGAUGCUCUGCUCGAUCGAUUUGCCAAACUUACAAGAUCCAGUGUUGAAUCGGAUGGGAGCAUCGCCUCUUCGUCCACGCCAGUCGAAGGGUCGGACAUGCUCACACCCUUCCGCAGUCUCUUUGUACAACCAGACGCCAUGAGCGACGAGAUGAUUGAACGAACAAUCGUCGACAGUGUGUUCGCACGCUCCGACACCUCGCUCGUCCCCUCAGCCGUGCGUCUCAUUGAUCAGCUUUACCUGGAAGCCUCGCUCGAGAUCGACGAGCGUCAUGCUCGAUGGCUCUCAAAUCUCGUCCUCAGCAUCGAGCAGGGUACGCACAGCGACGCAUCCAUGAAAGCGCUACUCAGCUUGUUGACUCGACUGAUCGCGCAUGGCACGCUCAACCUGCAACUCGCCAUGGACACGUUCCUAUUGCCGUAUUUGCUAUCUUCGGUCAGAAGGCUCACUGACCCAGCUACCCGCAACACAGAAGUCCCGAUGCAUAUCGGCUCCAUCGUCAGUAGCCUCGGCGAGAUCUUCGCGAGCAGCCUCGGAGAGACUGUGCCGGCAACGUCCUAUGAAGACAUGCGUGCAUUUGGCGCUCAAACCAAGCUGUUGUUUGCCCAAGUCAAUCUUCCUUCACUCCUGCGCGCUGCUACGUGCUUGAUCUCUGCUUUCGACGAGACUUCCACCGUUCCUGCAUCGGAGAAGGCGCAAAUUGAAUCGUUUUGCAACGCACUGCUGCAGUCUCAACCAAUGCAGAUCGCCUUCCGGCAGGAACCCAGACUGUGCAUUUUGGCGAUCAAAGACACAUGCAAGUCAAUGUGGGGCUGCAAUCCAUCACGCGUCAUUGACCUAGCCAUGGCUUGUCUCGAUCCAACGAGCCUGUUGCUGCGUGACGUUGGAACUAUCGACGCCGCUUCCGUCAAGAAUAGGCUAGAUGGUUGGGAUACAGCGGUGGUCGCUACCGAGCUCGUCGAGAUCUUUGAGCGGCUGCAGCUCGUCGAGUCGAGCUUCCAGACAAGAGCCGAUAGCAAGACCAAAGCAUUAGCUUCGGGCAUCUUUGACGAUCUCUUUGUGCAAUUGCCCGACAUCGGAGCGCAGCUCGUUCGCGAUUGUCAGUCGAGCGGGCUUGUUUCGCGCUUUACGGAUAUCGGCAUCAAGAUAUUGUCCGACAAAGUCAAGGCGGCGAGUACAGAUGCGGACAAAACUCCCAGACGUAUGGACAACUCACACAAAGGAAUGACCAACUUCGGUCCGGACGAUGGAGCGGAUGCACCGGCUCAAGCUAAGACCGCGGCGGAUGCCGCCAAACAUGGCCCAUGUGUUGGAGAACAACAAGUCGAAUCGACUCUACGCUCCGUUGUGCGAAUGUGCGAGCAGCAACACAGCUUCAUAUUCAACGCUACCGAUGCCGAUUCAUGCGCACAGCUGCUGCUCCACGUUGUCACCUCUCUCGAAGACGCACUUGGCUCUAUGGCGGCGGCGUCUCAUCAAGACAAGGUCGCACGCCUCGUGACAGUUUUACACGGCAGCAUGACUUUCCAGCUGAUGCAUCUUGUCCUGCGGUUUGGUUGCCUCUGGAAUGGCACGAUGAGAGCUCUCGCGCUGCGACUUGUCAAAGCUCUGCUCGAAUUGACGCGACAAGCGGGCGAAAAGACAGAGUGCGGUGGGUCAUUUGCGCUGCUCCUCGACUCGUUAAGCUUCGUACUCGACGAAUUGCCACCCACGCUGUUGAGUACAUGCUUGCCUGAGCUGGAAACACAGCUCCAGACAAUCGAACUCGCUACGCAGGAACGAAGCGACAAGUUGCAGCAGCUGUCGUUCCGGCUGGAUAAUGCGACUACAGCCAAUGCAUGGUUGGUAGCGUCGAGUGCAGGAGCUGCACUCAAGAAAGGAUGGUUCACUUCGGGAGGACUCAAUCCUUGGGAGUGUGCAGAGUAUCUUGAGGCGCCGCCGGCGGCAAACCCGGCUGCAGCGGGAGCAGCGGGAGCAGCGGGAGCAGCUGCUGGAGGAAACGCUCGAGCUGGGGUCGUUGAAACAGGCAGAAGCGGCGUGAACUCACGGGCAGCGGUGGAGUCUCCAGGAGCGGUGACAGUCAACGAUGCAGAAACAUGCAACUCUCUGCCAGGCGCACGCACUGGCUGGACUGGGAAACUUUGGCUGAACACGGCUAUCCCACUAUCGAUGCUCGGGGUACGCGUGACACGCGAUUUGGUACCUAACUAUGCAUCUCCGGCUUCGCCCGGUGGAGUUUCGGUGGGAAGCAACGAUGCGUCGAGCCAGCCUUGGACGACGGGCGGAGGUGCGUCGGCGAUUGGCGUGGGUACUUGUAGUGCGAUGGAUAUGGAUGCCAAGGAAGCGCUUGCGGCGUUGCCCAUGUUUGUGGAAUCGGAACGGACGUAUGGCGAGCGUUCAGCGGGCGAGCCUGCGUAUUCCAGGGAUCUGAGACGAGGUUUGCUUGUGGAGCCGAAUCUGCCGUGCAGAACUCGGGAUGAGCGCGGUGAGACGUCGCAGGAGCCAGCGAGAGCAACCAUGGAUCCGGCAGGUGCGCAUACGAGCGUCACUUCAUCAGCGACGCAUGAUCCGAGCCAUGUCAUCGACCUCACCUGGGACGCUGAUGAAGAAAUGCCGCUGUCCACGCAUCCACACCACCCUGCAGUGGCGACGACAAGUCGAAAACGACGCCUCUCAAAACGCGAUUGA